AUGUUCGUUGCCAUUUUUGAGUAUAUCGACCGGCUCUUCAACAUAUGUCGUCCUCGUCGUAUUCUAUAUAUGGCUAUAGAUGGGGUUGCUCCCAGAGCCAAAAUGAAUCAACAACGCUCAAGAAGAUUUCGGUCAUCCAAAGAAGUUGAUGAGAAAAAUCAGACGAUUGCUCGCAUUCGUGCCGAAUUAGAGGCCAGAAGUGCUUUUCUGCCUCCCGAGAAGCCUGAUUCCGAGCAGUUCGAUUCAAAUUGCAUCACCCCCGGAACACCUUUUAUGACACGUCUCUCCAUUGCCCUGAGGUAUUAUAUUUACGACAGAUUAAAUUCAGAUCCCGGAUGGGCUAAUAUUCAGGUGAUCCUUAGCGAUGCUAAUGUUCCAGGGGAAGGUGAGCAUAAGAUUAUGGAUUUCAUCCGAAAACAACGCUCUUCACCAUGUCAUGAUCCCAACACGCAUCACUGUCUCUGUGGUGCUGAUGCAGAUCUUAUAAUGCUUGGACUUGCGACACACGAACCACACUUCACCAUAAUUCGUGAAGAAUUUAAGCCAAACCAGCCUAGACCAUGCGAUAUAUGCGGCCAGUAUGGUCAUGAAAUGGAAAAUUGCGUGGGUAUCCCCAAGGAAGAUGAUGAUUUUGACCGUCCUGCUCCUUUACCUACGUCCGAAACCGAUUUCAUUUUCGUUCGUCUUGCGGUGCUCCGUCAGUAUUUGGCCGAAGAACUGCAACUUCCCGGCUUGCCAUUUAAAUGGGAUCUGGAGCGUGCCAUCGAUGAUUGGGUACUUAUGUGCUUCUUUGUUGGUAAUGACUUCUUACCACAUUUGCCAAGUCUUGAAAUCCGUGAGGGUGCAAUCGAUCGACUUAUCGGACUGUACAAAGAUACUGUUGCCAAGACCGGUGGUUGGCUUACUGAUAGUGGCCGAGUUAAUCUUUCCAGAAUUCAAGGCAUAAUGAUAAGUCUUGGUCAUAUGGAGGAUGAAAUAUUCAAAAAAAGGCGCUCUGAUGAACUAUUUUUUCGAAAGAAAAAGCGGGAAAAUGCCCUAUCUGGUGCUCAAAGAUCCUGGCACAAGCACACAAUUGAGCCCGCCUCAUCUGGAUUCAUGAAGCCUAUCGCUGCUUCUAAUAAGCCUUUUGGGAGUGUUUCGGCCUCCGAAGUUCACCAGCUGCGCCGGCAUCAUGACGUUAAUUGGGUGGAGCAAAACCUUAAUAACUUGGAGGCUGCGACUGCUAUGAAAGCUAUGCUUAAGAGACGCAUAGUCUCACCUCAUGAAGAUUCCUCUUGUAUCAAGCAAUCGUAUACGAAAGGCACGUCUGGUUACAGGUCUUCCAACUCAAGCGAUGCUUUUACUGGGCGGGAACACGAGAAGGUCAUUAAGGAAUUGGAUGCUGAUGAGUUGGCUGACGCAAAAGACGAGGUGCGUCUUUGGGAGGAUGGCUGGCGUACGCGGUACUACCAGUCGAAAUUUGGCGUUGAUCCCGGUGAUGCGCCCGAUUUUUGUAUAAAAGUGGGACAAGAAUACGUUAAGGGUAUUUGUUGGGUGCUUGCCUACUAUUAUCAAGGCUGCGCUAGUUGGAAUUGGUAUUUUCCCUACCAUUAUGCUCCAUUCGCUAGCGACUUUAUCAAUAUAGCGAGGUACGUCGGCUUAUCAAAUUCACUUGCCAAUUUAAGGCAACAAGUGAAAUUUUGUUGCAUCUUAAUCUUAUAA